AUGGCUGGACCUGGAGGUGGGCCACCACGCAAGAGUCAUACGAAGUCUCGGAAGGGCUGCAAGACCUGCAAGAGACGACAUAUUCGAUGCGAUGAAACCACUCCUCAAUGUCGGAAUUGUACAAAACAUAAUUGUCGCUGUGAUUACAUGGAUAAUGUGAUCCCCCAAGAGCAAGCAGUGGCACCGAGGACGGGACCGCAUCUACUCAUGUCUCCCCAGAUUGAUAUCGAAAUUAAUGCAUGGUUGAAGACUGGCAACCCUCCAUUCCCUGAACUACAGCUGAGUUCAAGAGAAUAUUGGUUUAAGUUUUCGCGUACUGAUUUGCGUCUUAUUCACCACAUCGCUGGGCUUUCAAUUGAUCUACAUCGGCGAGGCUACAGUGAUUGUACAGUCUGGGCUCAGAAAAUGCCCAUGAGGAGCUGGGCCUCGCUUCAACAGGGUGUCUCAACUGUUCUUAACUCGAUGCAACCGUGGUGGAAGGAGGAGUCAGAAUUGGCAAGAUUUAUGGAUUCCCAGAGAGCCUUUCGAAGUGCGAGAACGCCCCUAACAUCCAGUUAUCCUGGAUCGAUUGGCCAAUUCCAAGACGAAGAUCUUAUGAGGUUAGAUCGUGUCCUAAGUAGUCUGUUGAACAUCCAGCAGCGACUUUCCCACAAUCAAGAACACCAUCAAAGAGUUACCGAUUUAUUGCACUUUGUUCAGCAAUUGCGAAAUGAUAUGCCUGUGCAGUCACCAGAUCGAGCUUUCGAAAGGCUUCAACCGCUACGAACCUGGCUCUUCUGGCUUCCCCCAGCAAUGCUAAGAGGUGGGGAAACCGAUCUCGGUGCACUCUCUGUGCUCUCACAAUUUUUUGGGGUAGCAUUGGCUCUAGAACCUAUUUUCCCUGAAAUCGGAGGUUCCUACCUCGGUACCAUGGCUUUCCUUCCAAUAGAAGACAUUCGAAGAAUUCUGCAAACGAGGAAAGCCUCUCAACCUUUUGCUCCCGAAAUUCAGCUGGCUCUAAGCUUAAUGGAACUGCCCUGCGAUAUUGUUGCGGAAUAUAGGAGCCGGAUUCAUUUUUCCCCGAGAAACUCAUUCGACGCCUACUCACCCGGGCCACACAGUCCAUAUCCUGGGCCACCGAAUCUUCAUCUGUCAUCCACGUCUCCAUCGACAAGCUCUGGCUAUUCAGCUUACACUACAUCUCCACUACACUCUCCACUCACUCCUGCGAUCGUUGCUUCUCCCUACCAAAUGCCAGCAAUCAUUACCUCCCGGCGACCAUCUCAAGUUUACACCACGUCGCCAACCCUCCAUCCUGACCACACAGAUGAUCGGGUUGGAGGCGACUAUAAGCACAAUCCACAAUCUCAAUCGCCAAUUUUCAAUCCUGCGUACUUAGGAAACCUAAUAAAUGGCUCACCGGUCAUGGGGCCAGAAUUUAAUGAGUCUCCUACUCUCAGCGUGUCAGGAGGGUUGGUCAUUCCCGAACUCUGCUGGACUUGA